CACAGUUACACGCUGGUGAGAGAACAGAGGAGAUAAACGAGGAUUCACACCAAGCCCCGUUUCUACUUGCUACGCUUAGAGGCUCAUGCUGUAAACAGAGGCUUCAUGUCAUCACCGUGCCUCAGCAGCGUUCUGACCAGUGCCAACCUCGCCAUGUACCAGACGGGCGACGUCCUGCUGCAACAGACUGCCGUGCUGCCCAGUAUAAACACUCUGCAGACCAGUAGCAUCCUGCAGACCAGUAACGGCAUCCUGCAGACCAGUAACGGCGCCCUGCAGACCAGUAGCGGCGCCCUGCAGAACAAUAACUCAGCGUACAGCUCCAGCCUGAGAGGUCAGUGGUACGGACAUGUCAGUCCUCACUGCUGGUCCACAGAGAACGUUCUGGAGUGGAUCAGCGAUCACGUGGAGUCUUCCAAGUUUGACGCCAGGACGCUGAGUCUAGCCUGCUGCACCAUGGACGGUCCCACCCUCUGCCAGAUGAGUCGGGACCAGAUGAUAUCUGACUUUGGACCACAGCUUGGACAACAGCUGCACCAGAGUCUGCAGGAACACAAGACCAAAUAUGAGCUGCAGAUGUUUUUGGGAUCAGAACUGAACGAGACGUGUCAGCUGCUCGACCGCUUCCUGGACAACCUGGACAACUUCCCGUUGCUCAGCACCAUCAAAAUCGGCCAAACAGCGGAAGGAGAUGCUGGAAGGAGAGAGCCUGACUUUAAGGACGAGUACGAUCUAAGCGGCCUGACUCUGGAGCCGAUGACGCCGUGGGCGGACUCAGAAUAUCAGUCUGACAGCGAGUUGAGCUCCUCGUCCAACAGCUGCGUGUUUGGAUUCUCCUCCCUCGGCUCCCCAGAGUCCGGCAGCGGUGAAUCGGACCCCGAGUUCUCCCUCCCCAGUAUUUCUAAGGUUCACAUCAAAACAGAGAAAGGAGAGUGUCGUCUGAAGCGACCCCGGGGCCGGCCUCCUAAAGCCAGCAGGGAUCACAGCAGCAGCUUUUAUGAGAAUCCAAAGAAGAACAAACAUGCUCCGCGCGGUAUCCACCUUUGGGAGUUCAUCAGAGACAUCCUCAUCCAUCCCGACAGGAACCAGGGGCUCAUGAAGUGGGAGGACCGCCGUGAAGGUGUCUUCAAGUUCAUCAAGUCUGAGGCUGUGGCGCAGAUGUGGGGCCAGAAGAAGAAGAACAGCAGCAUGACUUAUGAGAAGCUCAGCCGUGCCAUGAGGUAUUACUAUAAAAGGGACAUCCUGGAGCGCGUUGACGGCAGGAGACUCGUCUAUAAAUUCGGAAAGAACUCCAGCGGCUGGAAGAUGGAGGAGGUCGGCAUGUGAAAGAAGAACGUUUGUGAUUGGUCAGAAACAGAACUCUUUAAGACACAAACUUCCUGUCAGAGGGAAGGUGUUGCAGAAACUGUAAGCCAGUGUUUUUGGCUCUAGUAGGUUUUAUGAACCAUUAUUAAUGUUGAAAUGUUCAGCUCUGUUUUUUAUAACUACAGAAAAGAAAACGUAUAUAUUUAAGAAGUUUGAAUCACGAUUAAACAGAAUUUAACUUGUUAAUUCUGGAGCUUUAAAUUAGGAUCCAACAGAAAUGAAACUGUUUUUUCAAGUUUUUAAAUCAGGAGUAGUGGACAGUUUAUAAUGUCAUGUGACAUUAAUUUAAUCUUUUUUUUAAUUUUUUGUGUCAGUUGUGUAAAAAUAUCAAAUCCAGCUUGAUGUGAAUGAUGGACAAAGUGUUGGUGUUUAAGUGAAGGACAAAGAGAAUGAUGUCACUGAUUCUUUAUCACCUAUAAUCAAUAACGAUGGUCCCUCCAUGUCUACAAGUAUCACUUAUUUUAAAGUGUUUAUCACAUUUUACAUAUCAUCACUGUUUGUAUGAAUCAACAAUCUGUAGCACGUUUGUUU